AUGGAAGGUUUUAUGAAGUCCGUUGUGGAGCGCUGCAUUUGGCUGUUGAAAAGCAGAUACCGGUGUCUGGAAAGGCACCGGGUUCUCUAUUAUCAUCCUACAACAGCCACCAUCAAUAUAUCGGCGUGUGCAGCGCUCCACAAUAUCUGCCUUUCAUCGAAGGAGCCAGAACCGGAGCCAGACUCUUACCCUGACGAGCCAGGGUUGGAGUCUGGGCCGAGCUCGGACGGUUCAGAGUCAAGCUCGGAGGGGUCAACGGCGGAUGACGAGAGGCCGGCUCCUGCCCACCCUCAAGUCAGCCUCUCGGACAGGGGGAGGGCUCUGAGGCAGCGCCUUGUUGCCCAAUUCCAAACCUGCCACAGCCGUGCCGCCCGGGAGCCCCAUGCAAGCCACAGUGGCAGUCCCGCCCACCAGGGACACCACCAGCGCCAAGGAGUCUGUCGCCACAACGGAGGUCCCGCCCAUCAGGGACACUGUCGGCGACAGGGAACCCUUCAUCGUCCUCGCCGCGGUGGCACUCCCGCACACCAGGGACACCACCGGCGACAGCGAACCUUUCGUCGUCCUCACCUCGACUGA